GGAAGCUAAAUUCUUCUUGAUGCGGAGAAACAACGUAAAGACUGAAUAACAAACAGGAAAUGCCUGACUCGGCUGCAGGGCGGGCGGGCGGCGCAGAGCGCUGAGCUCCCUCCGCUCGCAGCGCAGCGCCGGCGGCAGGACCCGAGCCCACAGCCCCUGCCCGGGCUCCCGGCCCCGGGCUCGCACAGCCCCAGGCAUGGCUGCCUCCUACUGGAUGCUGACAGCUCUCUUUCACUUCAUCGGCUCUUCCAAUGUUGAUGUGAAAAAUGCAAUGACCUUCAGUGGGCCCAUGGAGGACAUGUUUGGGUACACAGUUCAACAGUAUGAAAAUGAGGAAGGGAAAUGGGUACUUAUUGGUUCACCAUUAGUUGGCCAACCUGAAAAAAGAACAGGAGAUGUAUACAAAUGCCCUGUAGGAAGGGACAGCCAAUCACCCUGCAUAAAACUGAACUUACCAGCUUCUACUUCAGUUCCUAAUGUUGUGGAAGUAAAAGAAAACAUGACUCUUGGAACAACGUUAGUGACUAACCCAAAAGGAGGCUUUCUGGCAUGUGGACCUCUUUAUGCUUAUAAAUGUGGACGUUUGCAUUACACAACUGGAGUUUGUUCUAAUGUCAGCUCCACUUUUGAAACCGUCAAGGCAAUUGCUCCGUCUGUGCAAGAAUGUAAGACCCAGUUGGACAUCAUCAUAGUCCUCGAUGGGUCCAACAGCAUUUAUCCAUGGGAGAGUGUCACAGCCUUCCUAAACAGCCUCCUGAAAAACAUGGAUAUAGGUCCUCAGCAAACACAGGUUGGAAUUGUUCAGUAUGGGCAGAAUGUGGUCCAUGAAUUUUUCCUGAAUACAUACUCGACAACAGAAGAUGUGAUGGCUGCAGCCACAAGAAUACGCCAGCGGGGUGGCACACAAACUAUGACAGCCCUGGGAAUAGAUACUGCAAGGAAAGAGGCUUUUACUGAGGAUCGUGGUGCACGAAGAGGAGUACAAAAAGUAAUGGUUAUUGUGACAGAUGGGGAAUCACAUGACAACUACAGAUUACAAGAAGUGAUUGAUGAUUGUGAAGAUGAAAACAUUCAAAGAUUUGCUAUUGCUAUUCUUGGCAGCUACAGCAGAGGAAAUUUAAGUACUGAGAAAUUUGUAGAGGAAAUAAAAUCAAUUGCCAGCAAGCCUACUGAAAAGCAUUUCUUCAAUGUCUCAGAUGAAUUAGCUCUUUUAACUAUCGUUGAAGCUCUUGGAGAGAGAAUAUUUGCCCUGGAAGCAACAACAGACCAGCAGGCAGCCUCAUUUGAAAUGGAAAUGUCUCAAGCUGGUUUCAGUGCUCAUUAUUCUCAGGAUUGGAUCAUGCUUGGAGCAGUUGGAGCAUAUGACUGGAAUGGCACCGUGCUCAUGGUGAAGGACAGUGGCAUUUCAAUGCCAACUAAUGACACUUUUCGUGACAGGCUUUCAGAAAAAAAUGAACCUCUUGCAGCCUAUCUAGGAUAUACUGUGAAUUCAGCACUGACACCGGGAGGUGUGUUGUAUAUAGCAGGGCAGCCACGAUACAAUCACACUGGCCAAGUUAUCAUUUAUAAAAUGGAAGGAAAAGAGGUACAAGUACUUCAGAGGUUAAAUGGAGAACAAAUUGGGUCGUACUUUGGGGGUGUUAUUACCACAAUUGACAUCAACAGGGACUCAUUUACAGACCUUCUUCUUGUUGGAGCUCCUAUGUAUAUGGGAACUGAGAAGGAGGAACAAGGGAAAGUGUAUGUUUAUGGUCUAAACAAGACAAAGUUUGAAUACCAGAUGAGUCUUGAACCUGUAAAGCAAACAUGCUGUUCGCCGUUAAAACAGAACACCUGCAAAGUUCUUAAGAAUGAGCCUUGUGGUGCACGCUUUGGGACUGCAAUUGCUGCAGUGAAGGAUCUCAACCUUGAUGGAUAUAAUGACAUUGUAAUAGGUUCUCCCUUAGAAGACGAUCAUCGGGGAGCUGUUUAUAUUUACCACGGCCAUGGCAGCACAAUCAGUAAAAAAUAUUCGCAGCGUAUUGCGUCAGGUGGAGAUGGGGAAAAAGUGAAAUUUUUUGGCCAGUCUGUGCACGGAGAAAUGGAUUUAAACGACGAUGGGCUGAUUGAUGUCACCAUUGGAGGCCUUGGUGGGGCUGCCCUCUUCUGGUCUCGUGAUGUGGCUGAAGUAAAUGUUUCCAUGCAAUUUACACCCAAAAACAUCAAUAUCCAACAACAAAAUUGUCAGAUAAAUAAAAGGAAAACAAUAUGCAUAAAUGCCACAAUUUGUUUUAAGACCAGACUAAAGUCAAAGGAAGAUAUAUUAGAAUCCAGUCUGCAAUAUUGGAUUACUCUUGACUCACAAAGACAAAUAUCUCGAAGCUUGUUCACUGAAAGCCAUGAGAGAAAAAUGCAAAAAAAUAUAACUAUUGAAGGGUCAGAAUGUAUUAAACAUAACUUCUACAUGUUGGAUAAGCCUGACUUUCAGGACUCUGUAAAAGUUUUGCUGGAAUUCAAUUUUUCUGAUCCAGAGAGUGGACCUGUUCUUGAUAGCAACCUGCCAAAUUCAAUAGCUGAAUACAUUCCUUUCACAAAAGAUUGUGGAGCCAAAAAUAAAUGCAUUUCAGAUCUUGUUCUGAAUGUAAAAGCAAGCAUAGCUGGAGACAGCUCAUCUCCAUUCAUUGUAAAGACACGCAAUGAUAAGUUCACCAUCCAGCUCUCUGUGAAGAACAAAAAAGACAGUGCCUAUAAUACUAGAGUUUUGGUUCAGUAUUCUCCAAAUAUUAUUUUUGCUGGCAUUGAGGAUAUACAGAAAGAUAGCUGUGAAUCUAAUCAUAACAUCACUUGCAAAGUGGGAUAUCCAUUCCUAAAGCCCGCAGAAGAGAUAUCCUUCAAAAUAUCAUUCCAAUUCAAUGCAUCAUACCUCCUGGAAAAUGCUACUAUUCAUGUAUAUGCAACAAGUGACAGUGAAGAACCACCUGAGACCUUGAGUGACAACAGAGGAUAUGUUACAAUUCCAGUAAAAUAUGAAAUAGGAUUAAUAUUUAUAAGUGUCUUCAAAGAGCACCAUGUUAUAAUUGCAGCAAAUGAUACUGUCCCUAGUGCUAUUAACACAACUGAGCAAAUUGGAGAUGAAGUUACUCUACAUUAUAGGAUUGAAAAAGGCGAACACUUUCCAAUGCCAAAUCUCACACUGCAGAUCUUAUUUCCCAAUAUAACAGCAGCCAAGAACACUCUUCUCUACCUUACUGCAUUGUCACAUUCCCAAAAUGCCAUCUGCCAAACCAGUUACCCUGUAGAUCCCUUGAAAAUUGGCAAUGGGAAACCAUUUGUGUUGACAAAAAUAAAAGAACCUACAAAAGAUACAAUUAUGGACUGUGAUACAUACAGCUGUGCAUCUAUUAAUUGUGCCCUGGUCCCAUCUGACAUAUAUCAAGUGAAUGUUUCAUUAAGAGUAUGGAAACCUACCAUCAUAAAAGCAAGUGUUCACAGCUUAACCCUUGUUGCAAAAGCGUUACUUAGGAGUGAGAACUCAUCACUGAUUUUGAGAAAUGACCAUCAAAAACUGGAGACUAUGAUUAAGAUUUCCAAAGAACUCCCACCAGGUACAGUCCCCUUAUGGGUUAUUCUCCUGAGUAUCUUUGCUGGACUCUUGAUUCUUGCACUGCUUAUAUUUGCUUUGUGGAAGGCUGGAUUUUUCAAGAGACCGCUAAAGAAGAAAAUGGAGAAAUGAAUUUUAAAAAAAAAAAAAAAUCAGAAAUUUUUGCUCAGGUCUGCCUCAAAAAUGUCACUGUAAAAUCAUAAACAUAGAUAUGCAUACAGUGGUCACAAUGUUUUCUAAACUCUGGUGCAUUAAUAAAAAAAAAAGCAGAACAAAAAGAAGCAAACCAAGAACACCUGCAAAGGAGUGGUGCAAAGGAAGAAUAAACAGUCUUAUUAGGUUAUGUGAUACUCAAGGACAUGCCUUCCAGUUUUACUAAUUUUUUGAGAGUAACUGAGUUCAAAGAUUCUGAAGUUUUUUAAUAUGGAAAAAGAGUAAUCAUAUUUUUAUAUACCUAUGUAUGUGGAAUCAUUUUUAAUUCCAAAUUAUGCAACAAGUCAGCUUUUAUGUAGCAAUCCCAGUCUUUUUUAUCAACUUACAAUUUUCAAAAGGAAAAAGCAUGAUUUCCAAAACUUCCUCUGUAUGUCAGUUCUAUGAGAUCAGACUCUGUCUGUGAAGUAGAAUAUGCAAACUUUUAGAAUGCACCAAAUACCAUAUGGUAACAGAUGUAAUGACAAUUCAGAAGAUAGAAGCAUGUGCAGAGUUUUGAGUGAAAAUUACUGAAAUACCUUGGACUUCACUUUCUGCUCAUUUUAGUGUGUCCAGCUGAACCCAGGAUAUUCCAAGAAAGAUUUUUAUGGUCAAGUGGACCACAAAGGAUUGAUCCAUUAAAUUAUGUAACUUUUCAAACUUAAAACAGAUUUUUGGCAGGCCUAAAAAUGCAUGCACAAAACAUUCAAAUGCAUCUGAUUGUAAACUGUACUCAAAUAAGGAGGGGCACAAUUUUAUCUGCAAAUUGAAAUGUCCAUCUUUAUGUAGAGAAUGCUUAGAGGUACCCUGAAGGUUUGUCUCUUGUAUAUCUUGGAGUAGCCAGGAGGGUGCUUCAUAAACUGUCACUGUAAAUUUAUUGCGAAGCUAUUUAAUCCAACAAGUUUAAAGUAAACAAAAUUAAAUAAACAUAAUUUUAAAAAGAGCACAGAUAGGAAACUCAGCACUAGCAAGCUUCUGGUAUUGUAAGUUACACCUCAUCUAUGUUAUUUAUGAGUUUAAGAAAUGAUGAAGAACUUGCAUACUAAAUAAGCACUUAACAAAUGAUGUUUAUUUUGUGUCAAAGAUCAAAAGUUUGUGAGAAUACACUGAAAUCUAGAUAGCAAAAGAUUUCUGUAAAUCUGUUUAGACUGUUCAGUUUCCUCCUGUCUUUCACACAUUUAUUUUCCUGCCACAGGGAUCUCUCCCUGGGGCUCUUGGGCUGUAUCUAGGCCUUGAGAGCUUCCUAUAUCGCUUGCAGCCACACACAACUAACUGCAGUGGAGGCAUGUUGGCAAAGUGCUAUGGUGCCUCAGCAUGCAAUGACUCAAUAUUUAUUGCCAAUAGAUCAGAAAAUGUUGAUAAGGUGUACUAAGUUCUGUAAGAUGCAUUUGUUUGCAGAAAAGCUUUGCCUUGCUAAGGAAGCCAGGAAAAUCUCUUCCUUUUGGUACAAAUGUCACUGAAAAAAACUCAACAAUACAGUUUUCCAAUAGAUUUUAACUUAGCACUGACUUUAUAGCAAUAGCUUAAGAAGCAAUAAUGUAUGUUACAAAGACGACUUUUUUUUUUUCCCAUUAAUAAGACAGCAUAGAUUGGGCUGAACAUGCUGGCAAAUAUAAAGCUAAUGGUGUGCCAGAAGGUGCUUUAUUGUUUAAAAGACGCUGUCACUCUAAAGUCCCGUUUAUCCAGUUCCUAACGUGGAGAGAGUAGUUACAGGGAAAGGCUGAGUCUUAUGUGAAUGCAGCAAGUAGGAUUAAGUUUGAAAGUGUUUGCAGUUUCUCCUUGUGUCUGUGGGAGAGGUGGUUACUUCAUAACAACAGUCUGCUGAAGGUAGCAGAUGACUCAGAGGAGAGGGCAAAACCGUCUGUGGGAACACAGUGGGUGGCUGUGCUUAGCGGAGCUUGGGAGAGCCACCAAGUUGGCGGAUUUGCUUGCUGUGCUCGCCUGCAUGCCUGAAAGCAGUCCCAAACCCAAGGGAUAGGAGGCAAGUUGCCUUGGUUGUGAGCACAGGAGGAAGACCUGAAUGCAAGCGAAGAAAUUAUGUAGAGGAGUUGUGGACAGAAACCCUGGUUCAUUCAUUGUGAAAACUAACUGGUCCUCGAAGAAAGGCACAAAAUCUAUUUGCUGACCAGCAAAGAUAAGUUAAUGCUUGCAGAGGUGUUUUCAGUCUGGUGUGAGAUGCAGGUUUUAUUUUAAGAAAAUGUAUGAUUUUACCAAUUUGUUUGAGAGGUUUAAAUGGCACUUGUUGCCAUAGCAUCUGAAUGCCUCAGAACUGUAUAUGUGUUUUCCUCAUAGUAUCUCUGUAAGGCAUAGCACUGCUGUUACCCUAUUACGGUUUUGUAAAAGAACAGAAUUAUGAAAGAAUUGUGAUUCACCUGUGAACACACAGAAAGUCUAUGGUGACAGAGGAAAUACUUACAUUUAUUCUUAUUUGGCCAGUUUGUUAACCAUGAGGUCAUUUUUCCUGGCUUCAUAAAAUUACUCACAAGUUGUGCAAGCCACACAUAAUUUUUAAGCAGCAUACUUUUAUGUGUUUAAGUGUUUCACUUUUUAGUUAUGAUAUACUGUUAACCAGAGCUUUUUACUCUUCUUGUGACAUUUCAUGUCUUAUUUUAAAGCAUCAGCCUAACUUAUAAAAUAUGUCAAUAGAACAGUCUUAUUUCCCUACAUAAAGACUAUGCAAAAAUACAUAAGUAUUUUAUCAAUGCAAAGUAUGUUUGAGAUCAGUGUUCCAUUUUUUCUAGACUUCCUUUGCACUGUAAAAACUGUAAUAAGCUUCAUAUAACCACACUGCUUUCCUCUUUGUCGUGAUGCUUUCUCCUUUUUCAUGUUUGUCCUAUUUUCAGAUGUUCAUUUAUAACAGCUAUUUAAAAUAAUAAGUACAUAAUGGGGAUAUUAGUAUAACAUAUUAUUCUUACACAGGCUAACUUAACAAAAUCAUUAUUUUUAUCCUUAUGAGCCUUUGCAUGCUGCACUGCAAAAGCAGUAUUUUACUGCUUUUCACUAUAUGCAACAGGAAAUCCUACUGAAAGCAAUAUUGCGAACAUCAGGAACAUCUCACUGAAAUUUUUUGGGCACAAAAAAUAUCAGAACUGCAUGUAAUUUGUUCCUACAAAAAGACACAUCAGGGUUGCAAUAUGAUUCUAAUAACUAACAAGCUAAACAUUUUUUUCAUUGGGUGUAUGAAGGGAUCUUAAGCAAUGGAGCAAGUCUGGCCCAGCUCAGUUCCUAACUCCAGCACUGAAGUGGUUAAUCUUAGAGGGAAUGGCAAGCUGUAUUUCUAUAGUGUGGAACUUCUCUGGAAAGGAGCAAGAGCUUUAAAACAUCACUUCUGCUUCAAUGUGAGGCUGUCCUAGAAGCUCUUGAUCCCAUACACAGUUUUAGAAGACUUAGAAAACAGCACCUACAUUAGACCUGCUGUUUAUGUUCUUGCACUUGUCUGGUGUCACUCUGGCUCUGCAUUAUGAACCCUUGCUGCAGGCCCCUUUAGCACGUAUCCUGUGCUGAGUAAUUUUAAGAUGAUGCUCCUCUAUUGCAGAGCUUGAGUCAGGGGAAUCCACUUUCAACUGGAGCCAAGGGUUUUCAUCUCACUUGGUGUUGACAGGUUGGAGUUAGGACCACAUUUAUCUAAUGGGUUCCACCUACUCUAAUUGUUUUAAUUUCUUGAAUUAACUGUUGUAUAGAUGAUGAUCCCAUGCAAAAAUAAAAUCAGAGCAGGAGAAUGAGAAUGUGCCAUUGCUAUUUGUACCACUGAACAGGAGUAAGAGGGAAUUUGCAUCCUUUUAAAGAAAAUCACAAUAUUCUGCACAACAUUUUCUUUUUCUUGUAAAAUUAUGAUGUGUGUUUUAUUGAUUAAAAAAAAAAUAAAGUCUGGUGAGCCUC